AUGUCACAGAUGAAGCACAUUGAUAACACCCCAUCAACCCCAGAUCACCUUCUUCUUCCUCUCCUGUCACGUCAGAUCUCAAUAGGAGGCACCCAUGUUUCGGCCGCCCUCAAGCGCCGUGGGGAUGGCGUUCUUGGGCUUGAUAAUUUCAAUGACUAUUAUGAUCCUUACCUUAAGAGGGCGCGGCAGGCGCUCUUGGAGCGCACUGGGGUGUACAUUGUGGAGGGUGAUAUCAAUGAUGUUGCCCUCUUGAACAAGCUUUUCGAUAUUGUCCCAUUUACCCAUGUUAUGCAUUUGGCUGCACAGGCAGGGGUACGCUACGCCAUGGAAAAUCCUAGUUCCUACGUUCAUAGCAACAUUGCAGGCCUUGUUAGUUUGCUUGAGGUUUGCAAGAGUUCAAAUCCUCAGCCUGCUAUUGUGUGGGCUUCGAGCAGUUCUGUUUAUGGAUUGAAUACAAAAGUGCCUUUUUCGGAGAAGGAUAUGACUGACCAACCUGCUAGUUUAUAUGCUGCAACUAAGAAGGCUGGUGAGGAGAUUGCGCAUACUUAUAACCAUAUAUAUGGUCUUUCGCUUACUGGAUUGAGGUUCUUCACGGUUUAUGGACCUUGGGGUAGGCCAGACAUGGCAUAUUUCUUUUUUAGUAGAGAUAUUUUGAAGGGGAAGUCAAUUCCGAUCUUUGAGGCAUCUAAUCAUGGUACAGUUGCCAGGGAUUUCACUUACAUUGAUGAUAUUGUGAAGGGUUGUUUGGGAGCAUUGGAUACCGCUGAGAAGAGUACUGGCAGUGGUGGCAAGAAGAAGGGGACUGCCCAAUUACGUGUUUACAAUUUGGGGAACACAUCUCCUGUACCUGUUUCAGAUCUUGUGAGCAUUUUGGAGAGGUUACUCAAGGUGAAGGCAAAGAGGAUGAUUAUGAAGUUGCCAAGGAAUGGGGAUGUGCAGUUCACACAUGCUAACAUAAGCUUGGCUCAGAGGGAGCUUGGAUAUAAGCCGACGACAGAUCUCCAGACGGGAUUGAAGAAAUUUGUUCAAUGGUAUCUCAGUUACUAUAGUAAUGGGAAGAAGAGUGCACAGUAA